AUGCAGGUGGUGUGGCUCGUUGACGGGCUGCAGGUGUGCACUCGGAGUCACCGGCGUGCAGCCUCCCUGCGGGCAGCUCCUCGGAGGUUCCGUUCGCAGAGCACACCACCGCCCCAAGGCUACAUCCCCAAAACAUCCCUGAGUUCGCCGCCGUGGCCAGAAGUCGUCCUGCCGGACCCCGCCGAGGAGACCAGACACCACGCAGGGACACCCCCGGGCACCUCCCGCGUGCAGCGUAGCAGCGUGUGUGAGGACAGGCGUCUGGGCCGCCGGGCCGCCCGCUGCGAGCUCGUGAGGAGGGUCAACGCGCUGAUCGCCACCGGCCAGCACGGCCGGCUCUUCGCCGUGGUACACUUGGCCAGCCACCAGUGGAAGGUGACCCCCGAGGACCUGAUUUUAAUCGACAACGAGUUAGACGUCGAGUGUGGGGAGAGGAUCCGGUUGGAGAAGGUGCUGCUGGUGGGCGCCGACACCUUCACGCUGCUGGGGAGGCCGCUGCUGGGAAAGGACCUUGUCCGCGUGGAAGCCACAGUCAUCGAAAAGACAGAGUCGUGGCCGAAAGUCAACAUGAAAUUUAAGAAACGGAAGAACUACAGGAAAAAGAAGAUCAUUGUGAACCCACAGACCGUCCUCCGGAUAAACAGCAUCGAGAUCGCCCCGAGUCUGUGCUGA